AUGUCUGAGAACAAACCCGAAAGAAGCGAUGACAAGCCUGUCUGUCCCCAGAAACCUGCAGCUAAGAAGCUUUCUAGCUUGUAUCUGCUGAGCCUGUCGGCCGCAGUGAUGGUGUUUUCUGUGAGUUGCGCAAUGUACAUGGAUAUACCCCUGAACACGGGCCGUCUGCAGAGUCUGGUAGAUCUCGUGUCCAGCUCUAACGACAAGCCGGGAUCAAUCGAGUCCAGUGUAGAAAAUCUCCCGCCGUACGAGUCAGACGUGAUGACAAUGCAGGUGCGUCACCUUGUGAGCGAGUUGACAUGUAAUGACUCCGACUACUCGGCUUCAACGUUGUUUGACGGCAAAGUGUUCCCUGUGACGGAGCCAAUGGAGGCAGAGCAUUCCAUGUCAGAUGACAAAGUCUUCUUCAUGCUCAACGGUGCCAACGAUGGCGUCUACGUGUCCUGGAACGGUCAAUUUGACUGUCUGGGUCAGGCGGCGGAGGUAGGAGCGGCUUGGCUUGGUGCGGACCUAGAUCAGAUGGAGAGUGGUGUACGUCUCUAUAGUCAAAUGGGUUGGCCAGUUCGCAAUAAGAAGGAGUUGAGUGACACGAAAAACAUAGUUCACGUGUUGCUGGAUUUCCAGUUGUGGCAGUGGCCAGGCGUUAAGAAGGGAUAUAAGUACGUUUUGGAGGACGGUGUGACGUUAACGACUGUGGGUAUUAGUCCCAAGGUAUUUGAUGUGGAGUUUUUUCUCACUCAGGAAGAGGCUGAUAAGGCCAUUGAAAUUGGAUUGCCACAUCUAAAUCGAUCAAGAGUAGAUGGCACAAAUUCAUCGACGGUCGUGUCAAAUGUACGUACAAGCCAUACGGCAUUUUUGCCCGAGAGCCUAUUUACGCGUGACUUUCAAAAGCGGUCGGCUCGUGUCGCUCGACUCCCAAGUCCUUCUUAUGUUGAGAGAAUGCAAUUGGUGCGCUAUGCUGCUGGUGAGUUCUACCGACAGCACUUAGACACCUUCCACUCACGCGAUAUCUUGCCUAAGGGCGCACACUCGUUUGAGUUUGAGGAUUACGUGGUGUGGACCAAGUGGGCUGCAGAAAAAAUUCGCGGUCUGGACCAGAGCAAGGUGCCUGAAACGUUCCGGGAGGGCGGCCCGUUGUUCCCGAAUGGUGAUGAUCCUAUUGUUUUUCCGAAUGCACUUCUUGAGGUGUUUUAUAACUACAUGAACACGACCAACAGAUUCAAGGCGCUGUAUGAUUCGGGUUACGAUGAAUGGAUCCGUACAAACUUGGACAAAAAUACCAGCAAUAUGGUAAAUAGUCUGAUGGAUAAGGAGUGGCGACCAUCGUACUUUCCUCUCAUUGUCAAGUCUUGGGAGGAGAAGCUGGGUGUCCCUGGACUUCAUUACACAUUUCCCAAGCACGAUACGAACUCCGUUACAUUCUUCUUCGACUGGAUUCGAUGGGCCAAGGAGCGCGUGGCUUUCCUAGGUGAUAUGGUGCCGCUUGACGCUCGUCCUGGUGGGUCCUUGUAUCCCCAGUUCACAGUCAAGUUCCAAAGGAUGCUGCUAGAUUUUAUCCUUGAUGACUACACUCCGGGAUUUCUCAUACGAAUGACCAAUUCGGAAUGGUACGAUUGGAUGAUGGGUAACCGUAAACACAACUUUGUCCUUUUCCAAGUGAUGCAGGUUUGGCCGCAGUUUGCUGAGCUGACGAUCCGCACUUGGGAGACACGCCUUGGUAACGUCCCCAAGCUGCGCUACAAGAUGCCCAAGUACGUUCACCAUUUCCAUCCGCAGCGAUAUGUGACGUUGUUUCUUUACCUAAACAACCAGACCAAAAUGGGUGGUGAGACGGUCUUUCCCUUGUCAACAGAUCGGUAUUUGGAUGAACAAAUCGUGCGCGAUGGAAUGGACGAGUGCUCUCUCGGUCUGGCUUUGCCUCCUCGUAGUCUGCACGCUUCCCUCUUUUACGUCCAAACACCUAAUGGUAUUGACGACGUCAUGAGUCGUCACGGCGGUUGCCCACCUCACGAAGGUGUGAAAUGGGGCGCCAACUUGUUUAUGUGGAAUUCGGUUGCUACAGAAGGUGCCGAUUUUUGGUCCACUAAGUGA